UUGACGAUAAUAGGCCGAUUGGUAUAAGGAAAUAUGGGCAGAGUGAGAGCUCUCUACUCAGACAAGCGUGAGGACAAGCAAAGUCAUUGAGUGGAAAUGUCUCCGUUUUCAAAGUCGUUGACAAUGACAAGCAGGAGAAUAUUUGCAGCAUGUGUACGGCAUCACUCUUCUCUGACAACUGAACUUAUUGAAAACAUGGAUAAGAAAGCAACCUGGGACCGCUUCUACACUGAGAGCAGCAGCAAGACAAGCACCUUCAAGAACUUUGAGUGGUUCUUUGGCUUUGAUUCUGUCCGAGACUUUAUUAUGCCCCUUUUACAGGCCAAGUCCCAUCCAGAUGCUCUACUCCAAGUCCUGGACAUGGGCUGUGGCACUUCUGCUAUGGGGCCUUGUAUUUACAGACACUCUCCUCUCCCUGUCCGGGUCACAUGUGCUGACAUUUCCCCCAUAGCUGUGCGACUCAUGCAGGAACACGUCCGAGCCAAAGCCAUCCACCCUCACAAUUGUUCUUCACAGCUGGAGUUUGUAGAGCUGGACUGCACACAGUUGCACAAGCACUAUGGUUCUUGCAGCUUGGACCUUAUAGUUGACAAGGGCACCACAGAUGCCUUGUUGAGGUCUAAGGAAGGGAAAGGGAAGGCCGGCCUGGUGCUGAAGCAGUGUUUAAAGGUGUUGCGGAGCUCAGGGUCCCUGCUCCAGUUCUCUGAUGAGGACCCUGACUCCAGGCUGCUGUGGCUGGAGACUGAGGCACAGGAGCGGGGCGUGAUGGCAGCAGACGUAGGGGUGCAGGAAGUUGGGGAAUUAAGAGGAGUGUGUUACUACUGCUACCAAGUGACUCCUCGCCCUGUUGUACAGCAGUAACUCUCUGCCUCUGGACCAUCACAAUGUUAAGUGUGAAGUAAAUCAUGAUUGUAAAAAUGGAUGUUUUGUUUUCUUCUCAAUCAAACAGCAUUGCCAUUUUAUUCUUUGAGCUGAACUUGGUGCACAUUACUUGUUAACCACUGCCAUCUAGUGGCCAGCAGGUGGUAUUUUUUGAACACUUCAAAAUGCUGCAAAUACAGAAGACUCGACAAGCCAAUACAGGAACAUCACGAGUUGUACACAACAAUAGGGGAUCAGGAGGCACUAAAAACAGAUGUACAGGUCUCAACAUGUGAUUUUCUAAAGCCAUACUUGUCAAUAAUAAACUGUCAUACUUA